AUCUCGUCAAGCUGCUGCUGUGUAAUCGCAGGUAACUUUCUUACGAUAGCCUUCCGCUGGACGACCUAUUUCUCGUAGCGCUCUUGCAUUUUUAAGGAUUGCAGAUACAGUACACAUAACGAAGCUUCUGCAUUAGACAUUUCCGUCGUUUUGGCCGUCGGAAGACGUGAAAGCUGUAUUUUUACUCUGCGAAAAUACCCCGUCUCUCAAAGGCGUUUGAAAUCGGACACCGCUGGCAUUGAGGCCCUCACUUUUGUGCGGAGGGAUACGUUGUUGCGUCUGACAAUGUGGACGGAGGUGGUGAAGAUGUCUACGAGAAGAAUGAAAUCAUCUCAGUUGUAACAACAAAAAAGGAAGACGCGAGAUUAGUUACCAUAAUAGAUUUGUUUGCACUCAGACUUGUAACAUUGAAGCAAACACGUGUGCGCAGUGUGAAAAGCAGGCUUACCGGGACAAAAGGAAGACAUCUACGGUGCUCCAAUGCGUUUCAUGCACUGAGGUCGAAAUUCUCUUGAAGUUUUAUGUUUUUCCCCUCGCGAUUCUCUGCUUUUCUUUUUACUGUUGGAUAUCAGACACUUGCAGAGGAGAGUUCCCUGUGAAGCUUGCAGAACCGCCGCUCAGCAUCAGAGAGCGGCCUCGGGCUUGCGUUGGAAUGCAAAACACAGGGGUUUAUUAGAGACUGAAGGGUAUGAACGAACAGCAGCAAAGAAUGGCUGCAGUGGGAACUGACAAGGAACUCAACGACCUCCUGGAUUUCAGUGCGGUUGUGUCAGCCCAAGAUAUUUCCAUGCUUCAUUCUUGGCAUGCAAAGAUGUUCGCACCUCCAGUAGCCAAUGGGAAGAACAGAACAAUGACACUUGCCAGCAGUCAGUUUGGGGGAUCAGUAGAUGAGCGCAGCGGCUCUGGGUCUUGGGGCUCAGCAGAACAGAACAGCCCCUCUUUCAGCCAAGGACGGGGCUAUGGCGAAGGGUCCCACUACAGUGAGCAUGAGGGCUUGUCCUCUCCAUUCAUCAGUUCGGGCGUUGCAGGUAAAAAUGAGAGGCCACCAUACCCUCCCUUUGCAAGCCAGCCUGGAUUUCUUCCUAGCGACAUAGCGAUGCCCAGCCCAGAUGCCAUGUCCCCCUCUGGCCUGAAAUCUGGCUCCCAGUUUUACCCGUCAUACCCAAACAACCCCAGGAGAAGGCCGCCUGAUGGAGGCAUAGAAACCCAGCCAAAGAAGAUUCGGAAACCCCCUGGCCUGCCGUCCUCGGUAUAUGCUUCCACAUCUGGUGAUGAGUAUGCAAGAGACAAUGGAGGAUAUCCUGGUGCUAAACCUGGAGCUGUCUACCCUGGCUCUUUCUAUAUGCAAGAAGACCCCUGGUCGUCUUCUGGCUACUCUGCCAUGCUGGGUAACUCUCCUCACAUUGGACAGCCAGGCUCCUUCUCUGCAAUUAACCCACAGGACAGGAUGAAGCGUCAACCCCUGCCUCUGUCCCCACAGAACUAUCCUCUGCAUGGCAGCGAUGUCAACGGCUUCCACUCAGCCCCCACCACCUACAAUCACACACCCACCAUCAACGGAGAAGGCAUCAUGGCCAACCGAGGCACCACAGCUGGCAGUUCCGGAGAUGAAAUUGGAAAGGCUCUUGCCUCAAUUUACCCGUCGGACCACAACAGUAAUAACUUCUCCUCGGCUCCAUCUACUCCUGGAUCUCCUCAGGCUAUUGCAGGAGCUCAGUCUCAGUGGCAAAGACCAACCACACCCAACUAUGAAGGGCAACCACACACACUGCAGAGUAAAAUGGAGGACCGUUUGGAGGAGGCCAUCCAUGUACUGCGUAGCCAUGCUGUGGGCCAGGGCUUAGAGGGUGCCCCCGACAUGCACAGCCUGCUCUCUGCAGUACACAAUGGGGGCCUCGGGGGCCUCUCUCCAGCUUUUCCCAAUGCAAGCCUUGCCCUCAGCAACAGACAUCCUGCCAUGCAGGGAGGGAAACACGAGGAGCCCACAGGCCUUCCUCCCAGCAGCACUCUUCUGCACGGUCAUCACGCAUCCGGACCCACACCGCCAGUUGGCCAGCCGGAAGGCUUUACCAGUCUCCCUGGUGGUUUGGCCCGCUCCACGCACUCCUCUAGCAGCUCAGACAUCAAAAGAGAAGACAAAGAGGAUGAUGAAAACUCAUCUGUAGCAGACAAAUCCGAAGACGAAAAAAAGGAGUCCAAGGCAGCACGCAGUCGAAGAAAGGAGGCGUUGACCCUCCAGAUGCUCUCUAGCCUUUCAGACCAGAAAGAUGAUCUGGAGGACGAAGAUGACGAGGACCUUCCCCCUGAGGUGAAGAUGGAGCGUGAGAAGGAACGGCGAGUGGCUAACAAUGCCCGCGAGCGUCUCAGAGUACGGGACAUCAACGAAGCAUUUAAAGAGCUUGGGAGGAUGUGCCAGCUGCACCUCAGCCACGACAAACCUCAGACCAAACUUCUCAUCCUGCACCAAGCCGUCAAUGUCAUCCUCAAUUUAGAACAGCAAGUCAGAGAGCGUAACCUUAACCCUAAGGCAGCAUGUUUAAAACGCCGUGAGGAGGAGAAGGUGUCUGGGGUGGUGGGUGAAGCACCCAUGCAGCUCUCAGGAGGCCAUCCUAGUAUGGGAGGAGAUGGGCACAACCCAGUUGGCCACAUGUAACACCAGAUCUGGUGGUGUUUCCCUGGCUGUCAGAGGAUGUGGCCUUAACAGAUUUCUUCCACCCAUUAUUCUCAGUGUGUGUGUGUAUAUGUGGACAUGUCUGUGUAUUGUCCGUUCAAGUUUCAAGAUGCACAUUCACACACUCGUACACACAUGCAUACUGCCAAAACUGACACAGCCUGUUUGUCGCACUCCCAACCAUGACUACAAGCUCAAAUGUGAAGAACUUUUUUUUUAGUUUUGCUUUGUUUUAUACAUGUAAAAAAAAAAAAAAUCUUCUUGGUUUCCACAAGAUGAUGGAACACCGGAGUACAUUUUGUCCUGCCACAAAUUGGGACUUCACACACUGCCGAGAGGUGCUCUUGUGAAAGAAAGGAGACCUAAACAAACACAAAUUGAAUCAAGGAUUUGUGCCUAAUUGUUACAUGUUUUCUAUUUGACAUUUAAGCAAAUUGCUUUACAUGUGAGGAACAUUUAUUGUGUGGGAUUGCUUAUGUGUAUGAGCAAUUAUUUUUAAUGUAUGUCAUUCCCAGCGUGAUGGUACAGUCUUACAUAUGUUAUGUAACCAAGCCCAUAGUUUAAGUUGAAUUGUCUAAAUUCAGUGACUUUUCCUUAACCUUAUCAGUAAGUGUUGAAGGGAAGGCGAUGGAAAGGUCAAAGCCUUGACAGUUAAAAAGCAGCUUUUAAAAGACGGGAACUCUGACCUAGAGGAAGUCUCUGACUGAUGCCUGGUCUCAUCCCACGAGGCAUCUGGAGACUUGGAAUAGAAGACUCCUUCCUUGAAGGUUAUGAAUUAUCCAAGUGGUAGAGUCUGUCAACUUCAAAACCGUGCUUUCCCAUUUGUUGACCACAAAUUUUAGUGUUUCUCCAGUAAUCCCUUGUCAUAGGUUCAGGUGUUGGUACUGCUUUAUGUACAAAAGCAUACUUAAGACAAGACAAAGCACAGUUGUAUAGGUUUAGGCUUAAAAGUUAAGUGUUGACCUUUUGUGCAUUUCAGUCCCUGAAAGUCUUGUAUAAAAGCCAUUUGAGACGCUUGCUAAGUGAUCAGCACCACUUAGUGCUCUUACUUACCUAAAAUGGUUUUCUGACAAUGCCAGCAGAAUUAACAGCUCAAGUUUUUCCUCCUUAAUGAUGUUCUGUAAAAGACAAAAAAAAAAAUCUGGGUUCCUUUUGAUGAAGGGGUCUCAUCAGUCCGCAGUUGUUUGAAGCAGACAAGCCUCAGUGUAACGGAGGCUUUCUUUUCCUAAAUGAGCAUUCCCACUGAAUUACAGCCCCUCACCUUCCUCCUGAGUAAAUUUGUUCUCACACUUCUUACUGAGAAAGGUGUAAUGUGUAAAUUCACUUCAUACAUUACUCGGAUAUGUUUCAUUUUUCAAAAUUUAAAUAUAUAUAUAAAAUAUAUAUUUUUUUGUUAGUCUAUACAUUGUAGAUUUUUUACAUAAAUGGCAAUAUUAGUUUGAAGUUUAGAGUGUAUUGUAGAUGAGCUAAAUAAGGGGGAUAUUUGACAUUUGACACCGGGAUGGCAGAGGAAAAGGGUCAACAGAUGAUAAAUGAAAAAGCGUUUGGUGUAUCCUUGAUUCCAGUUUUAGUUGUAAGGCGUAUCAUCAGCUACCCAGAUGAUUUUUUUUCUUUCCAUUUGGGGGAUUUUGUGCCACAGUCUUGUUGAAGUCUUCUUACUUUAGCAGUGAGGCACUGAGGAAAAAUGUCGGAAGAUUUUUGUCUCAACAGUAAUUAUGCAACUGGUAUUUGAAUGUAGCUACCAUACAAAUGUGGAUCACCUUCAUUUUCAAAGUUGUGUUCCUGGUUUUUGUCAAUACAGUAUACUAGUUUCCAUUUCACCGUUUUCUAAUGUUUGCCCUCAAAGUGGUUCUCCGUGUGCAGCUCACUUCUUAGUAGCCUGUACAUUUAUUUGGAGGCAGACGUCCGUAUUUGGGUGUAAGGUAAUGGAUAAUAUGGAGAACAAAACAGUGUUAUUGUGAUAUUCCCAUGUCAUAUCAUGUUGUGAAUGGUUUUGACCAACAUGUAAUCACAAAUGGGAGGUAGAGCACAUCGUGUGUUUAAUUUCUACAAAAAGAGAUGAAGAAAAAGACCUAUACAAAUCAAUAGUGUGGCCUUUUCAUUCUCAAGACUUAAGAUGACAUGAUGGGAGAGUGAUACCUUAUCAGUGCCUGAACUUGUAUUUUCAUUUAAGACAGUUUUAUUUUGUGAUCCAUAUCAUUUCAUAUAUCAUGGAGAUUAAAGAGGUACUUGUUCAUUCCCCCACCCUCCCUUCUAAUGCUUUUUUCAAUUUUUCAGGAAGAAGUAUAAAUGGUAUAAAGAGAUUUUCUUUCAGUGUAUCUAGUUAAAUAAAUAAAUGUUACGUAGAUCUUGUUCAGUUUUUAUUCCCUUUUUUUUCUAAUUAUUCAACUGGAUUAUAUUGCCCAAACUGUUGUUUUAGUUAAGGUAAUGGGUCCAGGUCAUGAGUUUUCUUUCUAUCUGCCCGAUAUUGCUAUAUAAUUUGACAUCACUUGACAACAGGGUUCAAGAGAUGCUGCUUUUGGCUCCGAUUGUCUGCUUUUGAUGCACAUUAACAUGUUUCAGUGUACGUGUUGCUUCAAUUUCAAUGUAGGGAGUGAGUUUUAUUUUCUGUCGUAGCUGGAACCUCUAAUGACUUGGAGCAUUUUAAGUUUCUGUAUAUCGGAGUGCAAGCCCUUUGCUGCAGUGACUUUUAGUAUAUUCAGGAUAGUUUCCACUGACUAUUUUCACCUCCUGACCUUUCACCCUUCCAGGUCUUUGAUGUCAUUGACAGUGACUUUUUGUGAGAAGUUCUAAUCACUUCUUUCAAAAAGUUGUAUUUGAAGUUUUUCUUUUUAAUAUUACAAGAUCAAUAAUUGUACUGAAUAUUGCUGGUUUGUUCCAUAAGGAAAAUCUGACUUGAUGUCAUUUAGUAUUCUGUGAGCAUCCCAUCAGCCUACAUACUCAAAUUAUUUGUUUGGGGCGGGGGGGGACCUUAUUUCUUUACAUGAGUCUUGACAUAGACACAAUGAAAUCUGCAGAAAAGCAAGCCGACCACUGCAGGAGCACAUGAUGUCAACAGACAAUUACAAUAUUAUGAUGGAAAAUGUUAAGUUGACGGGCUUGAACUUGUUUUGGUAUAAGAAAGCAGUAAUAAAACACUUGCUUUCAA